GAACAGUGGAGGCUCUGCUGACCUGUGGGGCCGACUGCUGGAUAACAAUUGUCGACUGGAUGUAUUUUGUGACGAAAUAAGGAACACGGAAUUAGUCCACGAUGUGUUGCCUACGAGUAAUCACCAUCAUCAGGCGGCACUGACUGUUCUUGUUGCUGAGAUUACACCUGUGGAACAGACCGCGAUAUUGCCAGACAAAACGCAAGGCGAGCUCGAAGAGCAACAUGAUAUCCUUGGCGCGCUGGGGAAAAAACUCUACAUCGCCAUAAAAAAUGUACAACAUGGCAUGACUCUAUCCAAAAGCGCUAAAUCAAGAAACUACUUCGACCACCAAAGCGGCAACACCGAUCCUCGACGGUCGUUAUGGCCUUCGGCAGAUAUCAAUCCCUCCUCCGAUCGAAAUCUAUCACCGCAUCUUUGCUUCCUUCCAUGCUUGCAUUCGCGAUGAUCACAGCAGAGCUCAUGAGGACUGCCUCUCGGAUAUCGACCAAUGAGUUCGCGCGUCAGGGCCCCACCAGGAAUAUUUUGUCGCAACUGCUCAACCGUCCAUUUUUCCAAGAGUUCAACCUCAACAAGAAAAAUUCAGACCACAUUGUGCAAUCCAAACGUACAUCUCCCCCCACGCUAGCGGCUGGUGUCAUAUGCGAAGAAAAGGCAGAAUUAGGUUGGAGCGGCGAAGGUUCCAUUCAAGGCUCUUUCUCGUAUGCUCAGUACUGGACGCUGAAAGACACCCAAGUUUGUGACUUAUCUUCUGUUCAUCUCCAUGCUGAUUUAUCACUUCUCCAGCACGAACAUUUUUUCAAAGCAUGCUGCUGCCCUUCAUUCAUUAUCUCCAUUGCAGGACCUUGGAUUGUCACUCUGGGUGCUGUCUUCACAACUCAGCCAAUCCUUGGCAAUGGUCGUGCUAAUGAUGACGACCAUGCUCUUCGCCUCGCUCGCGUUUUUCAGUCUCUGAGACUAGCCAUCGACGACCUUGAGAAGUACUACAAGGAGCUUGGACUCUCAGACCCCCAUUCCCUACAGACCACUUGCUUCUUUCCCGACAUAACCGAAUACGACGACGACAUGAAAGUCGUCAGAUUCCAAUACCUUCGGCCCCUGGAAAUAGAUGCGGCGUGCGUGACGUUGCUCGCGAAGCUCGACGAGGCGCAUGGAGAGGAACAGGUCGUUGUAAAGUUUGUUGAGCGAUACGGUGCCGAGGCCCACAGGCUGUUAGCGAGUAAAGGGAAGGCGCCAGCACUAAAGUAUUGCGGUCCAAUUUCCAGUGAUGGCAAGUACUGGUAUGGAUCCCUUCAAAUGGUCGUUAUGGGGUUCCUUCGCGGCCAGACGGUAGCACAGAAGUACGAAGUGAGCAUUGCGGAGACGGUGCGCGAAGCGGUUCGUGGCGCUGUUCGAAUUCUUCACGAUCAGUCACUUGUUCAUGGAGAUAUUGGCACGCCAAAUAUUGUGAUCGUUGAUGGUGCGGGAGAUGAAGGGGAGAGGAUGAGGAUAAUCGAUUUUGACUGGGCAGGUGAGCAAGGCAAAGUAAGAUAUCCACUGCAUCUCAGCGACUAUAUACGGAACACGCUGCGUGUCAAAGACUAUGAUAUUAUUACAUUUCAGCAUGACAUGACGAUGGUGAAUGCGUUGUAGUCAGUCCUGCACGUUGUUUAUUG